AUGCAUCGGCUACUUGGCAGGGCAAUUACGAGACAGAUUUUUGUACGCUAAGCCACUGAAAAUAUUGCACACGGUCCUAAAUUAUUCACGCGUGUCCACGUCUGUCGUAUAGCCUGUUAACAAUCAUUUCUAUGAUAUGAGAUUAACAUGAGAUGAUCAAACAAUAACCGUGAUGAACAGCGUAGCAGUGGGAUUAUUUCUAAAGGAGAAGCCUCUUUUUUAACAGCGAAGGCUGAAAUAGGUCACUGCCACCCCGUGGUAACAUUAGCGGGAUUAAUAUUGGCGGAUUAUCACUGUGUUAACUGUCAGCCUGCCUGUUAGAGCAGGUGAUUCAUGCAUGUAGGCUAGAAUUUCCACAUGGGCUGUUCCUCCAGCUUGCUUUACGGAAUGUGGCAAACUAAUGUCAUCCUUUGGUUACAUAUGAGCACCAGGUGAAUGGCGUUUAUAUCUUGGAGACCAGGGCGCAGAGGGGCAAGCUAUGCUAUCAGCACACGGGCCACUUCCUCUGGCGAUGCUCCUCCCCUCUGGUCAGAAAGCCCCUCCCUCUCCAGGCAGUCACUCCCCCAGUCUGGCGCUCUGUCCUGGCAAGCUGCGAUCACUGCGGCGAGAAACGCCAGGGCCGACGGCAUCCAGACCAUAAGUACAUCGGACAGCGCUCCAAUAGGCUCGCUGUCUCAGAGGAAGAGGCAGCAGUAUGCCAAGAGCAAGAAGCAGGGAAGUGCCACCAAUAGCAGGCCACCGCGGGCGCUCUUUUGCCUCACCCUCAACAACCCCAUACGCAGGGCCUGCAUCAGCCUGGUGGAGUGGAAACCCUUUGAUAUCUUUAUAUUGCUGUCUAUUUUUGCCAACUGCGUGGCCUUAGCUAUUUACAUCCCCUUCCCUGAAGACGAUUCCAAUUCAACUAAUCAUGACCUGGAGACAGUAGAAUAUGCCUUCCUGAUCAUUUUUACUAUCGAGACCUUUCUGAAGAUCAUAGCCUACGGACUGGUAAUGCACCAGAACUCCUACGUUAGGAACGGAUGGAACAUGCUGGAUUUCAUUAUAGUCAUAGUGGGGCUGUUCAGCGUGGUUCUGGAGCUGAUGACCAAAGAGGGAGAUUCAGGUCAGUCCGGAGGGAAGCCGGGAGGUUUUGAUGUCAAAGCUUUGCGAGCUUUUCGUGUGCUCCGACCGCUCCGGCUCGUCUCAGGAGUGCCCAGUUUACAGGUUGUGCUGAAUUCUAUUAUUAAAGCCAUGGUUCCUUUACUGCACAUUGCUCUGCUCGUGCUCUUUGUCAUCAUCAUCUACGCCAUCAUUGGCCUGGAGCUCUUCAUCGGGAAGAUGCAUGCCACCUGUUACAUGAAUGGCACACGUACAUUAGCAGAGGAAGACCCUAGCCCCUGCACUCUGUCAAGUCAAGGACGCCAAUGUACCAUUAACGGCAGCACCUGUAAAGACGGCUGGCAGGGGCCCAACAACGGCAUUACCAACUUUGACAACUUCCUGUUCGCAAUGCUGACUGUGUUCCAGUGCAUCACCAUGGAGGGCUGGACGGAAGUGCUGUACUGGAUGAAUGAUGCCAUGGGUUAUGAGCUGCCAUGGGUCUACUUUGUCAGUCUGGUCAUCUUUGGUUCCUUCUUCGUCCUCAAUCUCGUUUUGGGUGUUCUUAGUGGAGAGUUCUCUAAGGAGCGUGAGAAAGCUAAGGCACGUGGAGAUUUCCAGAAGUUGCGGGAGAAGCAGCAGCUGGAGGAGGAUCUGAAAGGCUAUCUGGACUGGAUCACUCAAGCUGAAGAUAUCGACCCAGAAAAUGACGAGGAAGGAGACCAAGAGGGAAAACGCAACCCGAGUAUGCCAACCAGUGAGGUCGAGUCUGUUAACACAGACAGUCCAAAUGGAGAUGACGACAAGAUCUGCUGUUGUGGACCCGUCUGUCAAAAAAUUACUAAGUCAAAGUUCAGGUCAGUAAACAACCGUAGCUGGCGACGCUGGAACAGGUUCUGUCGCAGGAAGUGCAGAGCGGCAGUGAAAUCUACCGCUUUCUAUUGGCUGGUGAUUGUCCUGGUGUUCCUGAACACUCUCACCAUAUCGUCUGAACACUACAAACAGCCUGUCUGGAUAACUGAAGUACAAGAUGUAGCCAACAAGGUGUUGCUGGCCAUGUUCACUUGCGAGAUGCUGAUUAAGAUGUACAGCCUGGGCCUUCAGGCGUACUUUGUUUCCCUGUUUAACCGCUUCGACUGUUUUGUGGUGUGCGGCGGCAUAGUGGAGACCAUCCUUGUAGAGCUAGAGAUCAUGCCGCCUCUCGGCAUCUCUGUGUUUCGCUGCGUCCGUCUGCUCCGCAUCUUUAAAGUCACCCGUCACUGGGCAUCUCUAAGUAACUUAGUUGCCUCUCUGCUGAACUCCAUGAAGUCCAUUGCCUCCUUGUUACUGCUGCUCUUCCUCUUCAUCAUCAUCUUCAGUCUGCUGGGCAUGCAGCUCUUUGGUGGCAAAUUCAACUUUGAUGAAACAGUGACCAAAAGAAGCACCUUUGACAACUUUCCUCAGGCCUUGCUUACUGUCUUUCAGAUCCUGACAGGUGAGGACUGGAACGCUGUGAUGUAUGAUGGGAUCAUGGCAUAUGGAGGACCUUCCUCUUCAGGCAUGAUGGUGUGCAUCUACUUCAUCAUUCUUUUCAUCUGUGGAAACUAUAUCCUACUGAAUGUAUUCUUGGCCAUUGCGGUGGACAACCUGGCUGAUGCAGAGAGCCUGAACUCGGCACAGAAAGAGCAAGAGGAGGAGAACAGGAGGAAGAUGAGAGCCAGGAAAAGCAGCGUGGACAAGAAAGAAGAGGAUAAAGGAGCUGAAGAUGAAGAAACGAAGGGUGCAUUACAGGAGGACACAGCGGAUGAUGAUAGAGAGGCAGUGAAUUCUACAGAUGUGGAGGAUGACACAGAUGUUCCAUCAGAACCUCGUCCUCAGAAGCUGUCCGAAUUUACCCUCAAGGAGAAGAUUCCACCCAUUCCAGAGGGCAGCGCUUUCUUCAUCUUCAGUCACACAAAUCCGUUCCGUAUGGGCUGCUAUCGUCUGAUCAACCACCAGAUCUUCACCAACAUUACCCUCGUAUUCAUCAUGCUUAGCUCCUUCUCGCUGGCAGCCGAGGACCCCAUUCGGAACCUCUCAGCGCGGAACAUCGUCCUAGGCUAUGCUGAUUAUGUCUUCACUAGUAUAUUUACCUUUGAGAUCAUUUUAAAGAUGACGGCCUACGGCGCAUUUCUGCACAAAGGAGCAUUCUGCAGAAACUACUUCAACCUGCUGGAUUUGCUAGUUGUUGGAGUCUCUUUGGUGUCCUUUGGCAUACAGUCCUCAGCCAUUUCCGUAGUAAAGAUUCUGAGAGUACUGCGAGUGCUUCGUCCACUUAGAGCCAUCAACAGAGCCAAAGGACUGAAACAUGUCGUGCAGUGCGUGUUUGUGGCCAUCAGAACCAUCGGAAACAUCAUGAUCGUCACCACUCUGCUACAGUUCAUGUUCGCCUGCAUUGGGGUGCAGCUCUUCAAGGGGAAGUUUUACCGCUGUACAGACGAAGCCAAGCUGAAUAAAGAAGAAUGCCAGGGGACAUUCAUACUCUAUAAUAUUGGUGAUAAUGCAUCGCCACAAGUGCGGGAGAGGAAGUGGUACAACAGCGAAUUCAACUUUGACAACGUCCUGAAUGCUAUGAUGGCUCUCUUCACUGUGUCAACCUUUGAGGGCUGGCCAGCUCUCUUAUACAAGGCUAUAGACUCCAACCGAGAAAACAUGGGGCCGAUCUACAACUACCGCAUCGAGGUCUCCAUUUUCUUUAUUAUCUACAUCAUCAUCAUCGCCUUCUUCAUGAUGAACAUCUUUGUGGGUUUCGUCAUUGUCACCUUCCAGGAGCAAGGAGAGAAGGAGUACAAGAACUGUGAGCUGGACAAAAACCAGCGUCAGUGUGUGGAGUACGCUUUAAAAGCUCGUCCACUGCGGAGAUAUAUUCCAAAAAACCAUUACCAGUAUAAGUUCUGGUAUGUGGUCAAUUCCACUGGUUUCGAAUACAUCAUGUUCAUUCUCAUCAUCCUCAACACGCUCUGUCUGGCUGUUCAGCAUCAUGGCCAGUCUCAUCGCUUUAAUUAUGCUAUGGACAUUCUCAACAUGAUGUUCACGGGAGUCUUCACAGUGGAAAUGAUUCUUAAACUCAUCGCCUUCAAACCCAGGCACUAUUUUACCGAUGCAUGGAACACGUUUGAUGCCUUAAUUGUUGUUGGUAGCGUCGUUGACAUUGCAAUCACAGAGAUCAAUCAUACCGAAGCUCCAGUAGUGGCAGUGGAGCGAGGGAACACAGAGGAUAGCGGACGAAUUUCAAUCACAUUCUUUCGUCUGUUUCGAGUCAUGCGUUUGGUCAAGCUGCUGAGCAGAGGAGAGGGCAUUCGGACACUGCUCUGGACUUUCAUCAAGUCAUUUCAGGCUCUGCCGUAUGUCGCUUUGCUGAUAGCCAUGCUCUUCUUCAUCUACGCAGUAAUCGGGAUGCAGGUAUUCGGGAAGAUCGCGAUGGUGGACGGCACUCACAUUAAUCGCAACAACAACUUCCAGACUUUUCCACAAGCUGUACUCCUGCUGUUUAGGUGUGCUACAGGAGAAGCUUGGCAGGAGAUCAUGCUUGCAUGUCUGCCUGGUCAACUGUGUGACGCUGAAUCCGAGAUCACCCCUGGAGAAGAGAAGUCAUGUGGCAGUAGUUUUGCAAUCAUCUACUUCAUCAGCUUCUACAUGCUCUGUGCUUUUCUGAUCAUCAAUUUGUUUGUGGCUGUCAUUAUGGACAAUUUUGACUAUCUAACACGCGACUGGUCAAUCCUUGGGCCGCAUCACUUGGACGAAUUCAAGCGGAUUUGGUCUGAAUAUGACCCAGAGGCAAAAGGCAGGAUUAAACACUUGGAUGUUGUGACAUUAUUGCGUAGAAUUCAGCCUCCCCUGGGCUUCGGUAAACUCUGUCCCCACAGAGUGGCAUGUAAGAGGCUGGUUGCCAUGAACAUGCCUCUAAACAGUGAUGGGACUGUCAUGUUUAAUGCCACCCUUUUUGCUCUGGUCCGAACAGCUCUGAAGAUCAAAACUGAAGGAAAUUUGGAACAGGCCAACGAGGAACUGAGGGACGUCAUCAAGAAGAUCUGGAAGAGAACUAGUUCAAAACUCCUGGAUCAAGUGGUUCCACCUGCAGGAGAUGAUGAGGUGACAGUGGGGAAGUUCUACGCCACUUUCCUGAUACAGGACUACUUUAGAAAAUUCAAAAAACGCAAAGAGCUAGGUCUUGUGGGACGACACCCUGCAAGUCAUAACACCUCCAUUGCACUACAGGCUGGUCUACGGACACUUCACGACAUUGGCCCUGAGAUUCGGAGAGCCAUAUCAUGUGACCUACAAGAUGAAGACCUGGUAGACUUUAACCCUGAUGAAGAAGAAGACAUAUACAGGAGAAAUGGUGGCCUUUUCGGAAACCACGUCAAUCAUGUAAACGGGGAUCACAGAGGCUCUUCCACCUCCACUAAUGUCACCCAGCGACCCCUCCAUGUCCCACCCAUUCCCUUUUAUGUGCAGGUUGAGCCUCCUCCACAGCCCCUUUAUGCCCAAAAUCGCCCGUAUUCAAACCCCAACCUGUACUUCAAGUCCCCUAAGUCCUCAAACUCCAACCUCAACAAUGCCAAUGUGCCAUGCAUGCCUGUCCUGACCAACGGAGGGCAGUACUGCCCUCCCACAGAUCGGCCCGCCAGAAGCCGGGUGUCUUCCCUGGGUUCCUACCUCAACCUCAGGAGUGAUGCAGAAUCACAGCGAAAGUCUCAUUUUAAGAGACCACGAUACUAUGAGACCUAUAUUAGGUCAGACUCAACAGCUGGUUUUUACCCCACUAUCUGCCGACAAGCCUCUGUACACAGUGAUGUCAGCGAUGAUGACAAAGCUUCAGUGGAGUAUUACAGUGGGGAGGAAUUUCAGGAGGAUGACCUCAUGCUGGCUGGAGACAGGAGGUCAUAUAGAGAGUAUCAGGACACAGUAAGCAGUUUGGAGUCGAACCCUCCUCAUGAGAACCAAGACCCUGAGUGUUUCAAUGAUGACGAUGAGCAGCCCAUUUGCCAGGAACCUAAGAAGUCCCCCAUGAGAAGACUUCUGCCUUAUACACCUCAGGCUCCUCGUAGACCUUCCUUCAACUUUGAGUGUCUGUGCAGACAAAGAAGCCAGGAUGAGUCUCCUCAUUCUCCCUCCUUUCAUCAGCGCACUGCUCUACCUCUGCAACUGAUGCAGCAUCAGGUGAUGGCUGUAGCUGGCCUAGACUCCAGCCGAGCACGACUCUCUCCUACAUGCUCGAUCCACUCAUGGUCCACGCCCCCGGACACGCCCCCAUCCUACACCCCUCUCAUCCAGGUGGACUGGCAUGGAGCUCCACCCAGUGCCAGCAGCACUCCAGCAUUGGCUCGUCGCAGCUCCUGGUACACCCAGAAGGGCCAUGAUUGGUCACCCAAAUCGGUCACACCCACUUCCUCCCUCUUACAGAUUCCACCUGCCUACAGCAGUCAGUAUCUGCAGCAGAGAGGCAGCGCUCAUAGUCUGGUGGAGGCAGUGUUGAUAUCGGAGGGGCUGGGAAAAUAUGCAAAGGACCCAAAUUUUGUGGCAGCAGCCAAAAAUGAGAUUGCAGAUGCAUGUGAGAUGACUAUUGAUGAAAUGGAAAGCGCAGCUAGCAACUUGCUAAAUGGAAGUCUGGGAAAUUGCAUGGGAUCAGAUAGCACCGGCACGCCCCAGAGCAUCAUGGGCCACAGUCUCCACAACUACAGCGAUGAGGAGACAGAGACAAACAGUAAAUACGAGGAGGACCUUACAGACGAAAUUAUAUGCAUCUCAAAUUUAUAGCAUUUGCUAAAAAAAAAAAAAAAAAAGAAAAAAAAAAAAAAACAGAUGAAAGGAGAAAUAGUGCCUUUUAGGGGAGUGGAGACACACAACUCUCUGGGCCGAUUAACCAAGCAAAAUUUUAUCCCAUUCAACAACUGUCACCUAACUGGGACAUGGGCUUGCUGCAGAAAAAAUUAGACACAAGAAAUGUGAGCUCUCAACUGUUUGUGUGUGUGUGUGUGCAUGUGUGUGUUUCUCAACAGCUUUUUACAAGAAUAUUUUUCCACAUUCGUUACAUAUCAACCAAAAAUAAUCUAUUUGCGGUCAUAUCCCUCUCCAUUGCCUUACCCACAUACAGAAAAGCUAGUAAUUAGCUUCAAUACACUGCCAUUCAUUGUCCAUUCAUUGUCACUCAAACUUGAAAAAACACACAUUUACUGCAUAUACAUAAAAGGAGAAUCUGAGAAUACAGCAUCACGUCUAGGCAUGUUUCUGCAUUAUAUAAUAGAAUAAAGAAACCAAAUCUUUUAGCACAGUGAUAUUACACCCAAAACUAAAAGUAUUUAUGAAGAAUAUUUGAGUCUAGCCAUGGUUUGGCCAGUGAGAAUGUAAAAUGCACACGAUAUACAGAAGAUCCAGUCUAUCCUUCUAAUAUGAAACCUUUUAAAAAUUGAUGUGCGCACAACCUGAAGUCAGCAUAAAUCUGCACAAAGUAUUUUUUCAGCAAAGUUCUUUUACUUCAUUUAUGAAUAUUAGAGAAGCCCCGCUGUAUACAUAUAAUAAUAAAGUCACAUUAGAAGGUGUGUUUCUGUGCAUAUUGUGUGCAUAAUAAGUACAUGAAUAGAGUUACGCAUUACCAAAUGCUGCUUAACAAAAGCCAUUUUUUACCACUGAGUGACAUUCAAAUGCCAUUUAUUAUCACAAACAUGUUUAUGUAGUAUAGGCCAUGUUUUCAUGCUUUAGACCUUUAAGAUUCCGUUUUAUUUUUGCAUGGUUUUGAAGAACGUGUGUGAAAGCUCCUGUUGUCCUCAUCACACACUCCUACUCCUCAGGUGACCAGUCAUGUGAAGUUACUACCUACACACAUCUGCACUACCCAAGAGCUGCUAACUCCACACUGCACCUCUGCUACCUCUACCAGUCAGGCUCUAGUGUAUUGUCAGCAUGUUCCCUUAGGGACCAAAGACAAUGGGAUGGGGAGUAAAAAUGGUUAUUACCCUUUUUUUUCUUUGUCAAAAUCAACUGUCACAACAGCUGCAUGAGUGUACCAUAUAUAACGUCAUUUUUUGAGCUGCUGUCUGAUUAGGCUGUCCAAAUAAACAGGGUUCAUCAUUUACACAAAACUGAAAAUAAAUUAAUACAAAAAUAAUUUAUUUAUAUAUUAUAUGAGAAUAAAUGAAUUAAACCAAGAAGAAAUGAAAGUUUAAGUGUGAGCAAGCUAGAAUGUUCUUAUUAGCAUAACACUAAACAGUGUCUAUUAAUCUUUAUUAAGGUUAAGUGUAAACAACGGGAUACACACAGUGGUGUGACCACAGACUGUUUCUGCCUCCUUGUCAGUUGUAAAUGUCACUUAGACAGCUCAAAUCCUUCACAGAGAGUUAUCUAAUAACUCAACUCGAGACUUUAAACAGUUCUCAACACUCCAAUUAAUGCCAUCCAAUCCAGUGAUCGUUUCCUAAAUGAAUAACAGGAUACAAUACUGUUUCAACUAAUUGCCAACCUAUUGAAUGUGUCCAGUUAUUUGAAGCCACAUUCUGAUUUACCUCCCCUAACUGCCAGGUGCAAGGAGAAUUACCUGGGCACAUUCUGGACAUGCUGUGCUGCAUUUGCAAUAGAUAUCACUGACAUACGGCCAUAUUCCCCUUGUAUAUUUGAUCUACCGUUUGUACAUCAUAUAGAGUCAUAAAGGUUCUCUGUCCUUUAAAGUUGGGCAGGAAUUUGUUUUCCCUUCUUACAAUGGACCCCUUGUUCUCUCCAAUUGGGCUGUACUACCACAUUUUUUAGCCUAAGGAGCCAUGCUACAAGCCUCGACUUUUGCAGCCAGUGUCUGAAUUGUUUGGAAGCCAAAAACUGGUACCAGCUAUGUGCUCACUGCCUCACAGUGCACUUGACUGGACCAUACAGUUCAACCUUAGGCCAAGAAGCUGGGACCUUCAAUGCUGGAAUGCAAAAAUCUAAUUCAAAUUGGUGGUGGCCGAGUUGGAUAGGAUAUUGCUAGGCAACCCUGCAAGAUCUUGUGCACCCUUUUGCACAACACUGGCCACUAUGCCACAGUGCAAGGAUUUAGUUGAAAUUUAAGGAGGGAUUUGGACAGAUAAGUCAAAUAAUAACAACAGUAACCUGUUGCUGAUGUCUGUAUGCCUGCACAAACCACUACAUGUAGAGAACCUCUGCUGUAUGCAGGUGCACUGAUGACAUACAUUGCAUCACCUGUGGCAUGCACUGGCAUUACAGUGUACAGAAAUGGAUCCCUCAGAGAGGGAUAGGCUGGGACAUCCAGGCCAAGAUAUUGGACUAAUCAAGAAUGGCUUCAGUUAUAGUUAACACAAGCAUAGGACUGAGUAGAAUUACAAAACCAUGGCCAAAUGUGCAGUCACCACAUCCUGGCUCUGUACAUCACCCACAAGGGUUCUAUCAGCCUUAUACAAACCUAAGGCAGGUUGUGCCCUCAGGCCCAAAGCAGGUGUCUGAGUGCCUCCCAUCCAUAUUGGUGGUCUGGCCCUAAACAGAUACCUGCCCUAUAAAAGCAUCCACAAGGUUUGGUGGUGGCAUGGACAUUUUAUAGGCAGAAGCAUUGUUUAUUAUGCAGUGCAAGCACAACAGAUCAUCAGACCAGCAUUGCAAGGGGUGAAUGCAAACUGCAGUUCUCCGACUGACCCAGAUAUUAUUGUGUCAUGACACAGCACAUUAACCACAUACUCCAAAAAUGUUAACGCGCUGACCCAAGAAUCUUUCUCUCAGGAUAGAGGCAGGACCAAAAGUAUCCUGCCGUUCAAGACAAUGGGAUUUACUUAGGAACCAACUUGUGGUUUUCAAUAAAUCUGCUAAGGUUGCCAAACAUGCUCUUCAAACUACAGGACAGGUUCACAUUGCUGGACAUGUGUGAAGUUUAUUUAACUGCUGCAGAACACAAGUGCUUUUUAAGGUUUGCCUUCUUAGAACACAGGCCUUGUAUGCCCUAAGCAAGCUUUUCCAUCAACGUUAACCAUAUAGACUGCAUCUCUUGUGUUACCUGUAUGCUGACUAUUCUUCAGACACAGCAAGAAGAACUCAAGUUUUAUAUGACUGCCACCUCACCUCUAAGACCAUCUUUAUGUAACUAUGCAAGAUGCCAAACUAAAGUGUGCAUUUUUGCUAACAACCACUGCCUUUUUGUUAAUGAUCACUGCAGCAAAAAAAUAAGAGGACUGUAUGCACUGUUAAUUAUUUCACAUUGCAUGCAUUGGGGGCAGAUUAUACUGGGAUUGGGGUUGAAUCCAGGAUUCCUGCCUAAGGUCUUAUCAGGUAAUCUGUUGAUUAACUUUGCAGCCUUCCUUGAAGGUGAAUCUACAAAGCCAUCCUUGAUGUGCCUGGUACACUUUAUGGUUCUAUUUAUACUGGAUGGCAGCUAUCCAAUGUUCAGACCAUCUGUUUAUCUGACAUUAAGGACAGAAAUGAGGGGCUGCCUUGUCUAAGCAGAGACCGGCCCACUAGGUGGUGGACACAUCAUUAAGACCUACAGAUGAGUCAGAUGCCCAACCUCAUGAUAUGCCACUCUAAUAGGAGUGUAUCCUCCUCUUGGGCAGUAUACUUGAGGAGUGCAUCUCUAGGUAUUCUGUGCUGUUUCCACCUUUCUCCAGGUCCGACAAGGUUAAUGUUAUCCCUCCAGGGAUGCAAGAGUGGUGGUCAUCUGUGAUUAUUUUUCUUAUUAGUCUUAAGGUGAGUCCAAGUCCUUCCUUGUAACACUGUAUCCUAGUGAUUCUCACAACUCCUGGCAGUUACAAGGAUGAAAUGCUAAGUACGUAUGCAAAUAUGGUCCUAUGAACCAUGGAUAACUGCCAUAGUUUAUCAUUAUUCUGAACUGUGUGCCAACAAGAAGAACUAAGUGACAAAUUUCCAAGGACAAGUGGCAGUAUGAUGGUGGUAUUUAUUAAUUUAUGGCAAAUAUUUUCAUAUGCCACAUUAUUAUUAUAAAAAAAGGACUUGCUAUGCAUGUCUAAACAAUAAUGUAUCCAGGUGAUUCUCACUGCACUUGACUGUUAUCUGGGGUUCAUUAAACUACAGUUACUUAUGUAACUACCAUUAAGUUUCCAGUAUUUUAUUCAGGUUUGGCUUAUAUCAUUUCUUUGUUCUAAACUCUUUGCCAGCCAUAAGGAUGUAAGAAAGCUAUAACAGGUACUUUUGUUUUUUUUUAACCCAUUUUUAAAGGGUAUAAACACCAAGGAUGUUUGCAUUUGACAAAUGAAACCUGACUUAUUGUCUGAGCCAUAGAGCUUUUUUCAUAUUUUCACUCUUGCCUAGAGAUAUUUGAAACUAAAAACUGCUUUUUGCACUUUUCAUGCUACUGUACACAAAGACAAUCUUUUAUAAAGCCCAUGUGAUGAAAUGUCAUUUUACAUCACUUUGUUGGUCCAGGGUGUGGACAUAUCAGUUUUGUACUGCACAGUCAGUUUAUAUGCUCCAUUUGACAAGGCUUGUCAUCUCGUAUUUGACUAAAACUCCAGGGAUUAAUUAUGUUUAAAAAAUAUAUAUAUAUAAAAUGAAUGAGAUGCUGGAAAUACUGAAUCUGUCACUCUGCCAUGGCACACUCACUGAUUCAGUCAUGAAUUGUGUUUGUAUUAUUUUUCUACAUAGCACACACUACAUCUGCAUCACCUGCAUAGCACGAAUGCUUGAUACCUGCACAAAGCCAAACUGCUCUAAACCACACUUUGAAACACUUGUUUACCAUCAAGGGCUCUGAGAAACAUUUCUGGUAUCACAAUCUGCAAUGUCCUCAGUGAUCUCCUUUCUUAUUUUGAAUUUGGAAAUGUAUGCAUCCAACAGGCUAUACAGAAAUAUGCAUUUGAUGAGAAAACACUGUUUUUAAAGGCAACAUGAUAAGCCAGGACUACUGAAUAUUAGGAGGAUUAUAUAAACUCACCAAAUGCUAAAUUUCAAAUGGAACACCAGAGUUCACAUGCAUUCAUUUGUAUUUUCAAAUAUAUUUCCUUGCCAUUUGCUCAAUUCAUGCCAUUUUAAAUCCUUAAAAUUAGGUAUAGGGUAUUCAAGUGUACACAAGUCAUUUUGCAUUGAAAAGCAAUUUUAUUAGGAAAAUUGUGUCAAAUUAUGUUAAAGACAAUUUGCAAGAGGCAAUGUAAAGGUUUGAAUUAAAACAGUUUAUUUUCAUAUAGUGAUUUUGUGUACAUGACAUUGUACCAUUUGUUCAAUAACUAUUUAUUUGAAGUAUUCUGAGAUCUGCCUGUAGCUCAUUGCCCAGAAUUGCCAGUUUUGUAUCGAUGGACAAUCUGUUUUUGUACAGCUUUUCUCUCUUGUUCUUGGCUUGGAUUAUUUUCUAAUCAAAUAAACUGUUUAAAAAUA